AUGGAGUGGAAGCAUUGCCAUGUCAGGGAUCAGGAACCCACGGGUGAUAUGCCUACACUCGGACUGCCUCCGAACCUACCGGGCAUCACAUAUGCUCACCUGAAAGGCAAUGUUGAGAGCGAACUCAGUCGCAAUAACUUUGGUGGCGAUCCUCUCCGCCAGAACCAGCCCUCAAACGAUGCGUUACCGCUCGGGUUUCUUGCCCGCCGUCCGUCCUUGUUCCUUGACCAGACAUCGCCCAUUAUCUUGGCCGCUGAUCUGAACCUGAUGAUUACCAAGCUUGAAGCUGUGGCGCCUAGCUCACAAUAUAUGGUCCAUCAUAUAAGCGGCAACUCCGGCAAAGGCCCUCAAAAGGCCCGUCACUUCCUCCGCGUGGCCGGUUCGUCGUGGAAUCGCACCGUAUCAACAAGUCUCAUCAGCAGAAGGCCUGCAACAAUGGGCAAGACGGCGCAGGUCCCAGACAGCACCACGAUGCCUCAUGGUACCGAAUUAAAGUACUUUGAUCCCUGCGCCGCCACUGCGUCCAUGUUCUUGUACGCCCAGGGCUCAUCUGUCGCCUGCUGUCACCAUGAUACUCUCGCCAUUGAACGAAUAUUUUCACGACACGCAUCCGACAUUCAAUUAUUGGCAGUCGAUAAUCACAGCGAGGCUGGGGGUGGUCGCUUUGUUGUUAGUUAUGAUGCUGACCAAACAGCGAUUGUAUGGGAUCUAAUGACGGGCGACGAGAUCUCUCGAUUUGCUUGUCGUAAUCAUUUAACUGUCGCAGCAUGGAUGAAGAACGGCAAUGUAGCUUUUAGCAACACAAAAGGAAGUAUUAUCAUGUUUAAGCCUUCAACAUCUGAAUAUGUUUCUUCAAGGACUAUCGAUCAGAUUGCUGUAACUGCAUUGGCACCGUCAGCUGAUUGUCGAACAUUUGCUAUUGGUUAUCAAAAUGGCUCUCUAUUUGUUGCAACCCUGCAGCCAUGCUUUACAAUCUUGCACAAUCUUACCACUUCCAGAGGGCCGUCACCCAUCGCCAACCUCGCAUGGCAUGCUUCGUCUCGGCAAAAGUCCGACAUGCUUGCUGUCCAGAUGCGCGACGGUGACUUACGAGUCUGGAGCGUGGCAAAGAAGUACAGCGCCGAUAAUCCUGCAAAAGUGGUUCGAAACCUUGUGAAGGCUGAGAUCUCCAUGGACGGACCCAACUGGAUGGGCUGGUCCAAGAACGGCCGCAUAAUUCAGUAUUCUAGCUCGCAAACACAGUCAUGGGAUGUUAGGACAAAGCACGUCACUCAUGAUCUCAUCCCAACUCUCGACCUUGUUCGUGGCCUCGCCGUCUAUGGGCCAGGUGCCACGUUGUUCACCCUUGGCCCCAAGAACACCGUGCAGCAGUUCGACCUGAACUCCCCGGCCAUCAUGGUCGCUAAUGUCCAACACCCAGCAAGCCUAUUGCCACCCUCGCCUCUAGUCUCAGAGGACAGCAAGGUUCACGACCUCUUCAAGUUUACCCGGGCACGUCUUAGCAAUAUUCCCCACAACCAUGCUAUAGGCGCCAACAGUGCUCGUCGCACCAAUGACGAUCUGCGCCGUCAAAUGCUCAACACUAUCUUCGGGUGGAGCAAAGAGGUUGAAGACCUGAUCAGAGAUGAGAUGAUCAGACAUCCCCAAGGAUCUGCCAGUCGUAUUCUUUUGGCCGGGUGGCUUUGUGACAUUGAUCCUAAUAUCAUGAACGCAAACUUCGAGAACAUGACUUCUUCCGACUGGAUGCUGUUGGCUUUGAGUGGAAUCGGCGGCCAUACCUCACAACAGAAGCUUGUCCAUACAUAUUUCCAGCGCCUACUCGAGGCUGGUGAUGUACACGCAGCAGUUACUAUUAUGCUACGCAUGGGAGACCACAACGACGCUAUCGAGGUUUAUAUCUCUCACAAGCGCUAUAUGGAGGCGCUGAUUCUCACAUGCCUCUCAGCCCCUAGCGUUUGGGAGCGCCAAGCUGCUAUCAUUAGACAAUGGGGAGAGCGGGCGGUUCAACAUGGCCAACAGCAGCUGGCAAUCAGGUGCUUUGAUUGUACUGAACGAGAGUCUACUGAACCUUGGACUUCUCCAUCCGCUGCGCAGCUUAACUUCCAGACCAUGAACCCUAGCAUUCCUGAAGUCCUGAGCCCAUCUCUCCCACCUCCUGGCGUUCGACAUGGGCCCCAACACGGCAUCGCAGAGGUGUCUGCGCUCAAGCUGGUUACCUCGUUUGGUGAUCAACCUCAGAAGUUUAAGUUCUUUGCAGAUGACGGUGGCCAAACUCCUAUUGCCGCCGGUGUUACUCCUAUCGCUGACUCUGCCGGCUCACCCGCCUUCUCGCAUGCCUCUGACAACAGCAGAGUCAACACCCCUGUCUCUUCUCGACGACGCGGGCGUUUACCGUCCAUUGGUGAGAUUCCAUCAGGCCUCAGCAGAGAUGCACUUCAGUCAGCUGAGACCUCUGCUAUUCCUGUGGGUGUGGAUUUACAGCUACGGCCUGGACCUGCCCACAAAGACAUUACAUCUCCAGGCCAGUCUGCCACUUCUACCCGCUACCGCUGGCCAACUCGCCGCCGAGGUCCUGCCUCCGUGGCGAACUCUGCCACUUCUGCAUCGAGCACUGGAUGA